UCUUGGCUCGCUUGGCACAUUCGCACACAGGCCCUGACAGAAGUCGGUCCAGUUCCACUCGCAAUCGCAAUCAGAGUCUCAGUCUCAGUCUCAGUUUCAGUUUCAGUCUCAGCCUAGAAAUGAAAGUCAACGCUUUAUUGAUCAGCAUUGCAGUUGUAUUGGCAACAGUUGCCGUCGGCCAGGUUAGCGCAAAGUUUACGUUACGCACGCACGAGGAUGCGGUGCAGGCGCACGAAGAGUGCCAGGAGAAGUACAACGUGCCCGAGGACAUUUACGAGCAGUACCUGAACUAUGUGUUCCCAGAGCACCGUCGCACCGCCUGCUACGUGAAGUGCUUCGUGGAGAAGAUGGGCCUGUUCGACGAGAAGAAGGGCUUCAAUGAGAAGGCAAUCGUUGCGCAAUUCACCGCGCAGAACUUCAAGGAUCUGGAGUCAGUGCGUCACGGCCUCGAGAAGUGCAUCGAUCACAAUGAAGCCGAGUCCGAUGCCUGCACCUGGGCCAAUCGCGUCUUCUCCUGCUGGCUGCCCAUCAACCGCCACGUCGUGCGCAAGAUUUACAAUUAAGCUCCAACCAUUUAUGCUUUGGCCGAUCUCACGGGCGAUGCGCAGAUUUUGGAGAAAUGCCUGGGCAGCAUCAGCAGCCCGGAGCGCAUCGAGUCCGAUCUGCGCAAGCUGGCGAAGUACGCGAGCUGGACCAGCGAGGAGGUGCCCUGCCUGAUGCGCUGCCUGGCCAGCGAGAAGGGCUGGUUCGACAUCGACGCUAACAAGUGGCACAAGCAGCGCGUGGCCGAGGAGCUGGGCGCCGACAUCUACAACUACUGCCACUACGAGCUGCGGCGCAAGUCGCGCGACGCCUGCAGCUACGCCCACCGCGGCCUGCGCUGCCUCAAGCAGGCGGAGCUGCAUGCGGGCAACAGCAUCUCCACCCUGAUGCAGUGCAGCGGCAAACUGAACGCCACCAAUGUGCAGAUGCUGCAGUACAGCACACUGAAGCCCAAGGAGUCCAUCCCCUGUCUAUUCCAGUGCUUCGCCGAUGCCAUGAGCUUCUACGACGAGGCGGGCAACUGGCGCCUGCUCAACUGGCAGCAGGCCUUCGGCCCCACCCACCAGGAGCACCAGCCCGACUACAGCCUGUGCCGCCUCUCCGACGAGCAGCGCAGCCAGGCCAGCAGCAAAUGCGCCUGGAUGUACGACGAAUAUCUCUGCUGGGAGCGACUCAAUGGAAAUCUCAAUGGAACGAAUCUAGUUUAGACACAUUUUCGACUCUGACGGAA